AUGGUCACACACGGUAAAAAUAGCCAUGACUCACUAGCAGAUCCGGCAUUGCUGGAUAAAAUUGACAAGCUUUUCGCUUGUAAUGUCGGCGAAUAUAUCAAUCUUCCGCAGUUAGUUGUGGUAGGAGACCAGUCGAGUGGCAAAAGCUCCGUCUUAGAAGGCUUAACCAAGCUAGCUUUCCCUCGUGAUAGCGGUCUCUGUACUCGAUUUGCAACGCAGAUCAUCUUUCGCAGAGUGGAGGGCGUUGACAGAAGUAUCACAGCAACUAUUAUACCAGGGCCUAACGCGGACAACCCUUCUGAGUUGCAGGAGUGGAAAGCUACGGACCUGCAGGCUUUGAGCCCUUCGUCAUUUGUAGAGAUGAUGUCAGAGGUUCAUACUCUGAUGGGACUUUCUGUUACAAAAGAUGAUACAAUGCCAACUUUCUCGGAGAACGUCCUACGAUUAGAGAUUUGCGGACCGGAUGAGGACCAUCUAAGCGUGAUUGACGUACCGGGAAUCUUUCGAAACACAACGCCGGGAGUGACGACCAAGGAAGAUAAGGAUAUGGUCCGAAGAAUGGUCCUUGACUACAUGGAAAAUCCGCGGUCAAUCAUGCUAACUGUUGUGCCAGCAAACGUGGACAUCGCAACGCAGGAGAUCAUCGAUAUGGCUCGAGAAGUGGAUCCAGAGGGUAGAAGAACACUGGGAGUGCUUACAAAACCAGAUUUGGUGGAUAAAGGAGCAGAAAACAAGGUGAUUGAUCUCGUGGAGGACAAAGAGAUGAGGCUCAAACUAGGUUGGAUUAUUGUACGCAAUUUGGGUCAGAUAGAACUACAGGAUCUUGAGAUCGAUCGAGAUGCGGCCGAGGAGAGAUUCCGCCUCACCGCUCCAUGGAAUACUCUGGGACGUGACCGAUUUGGUAUCAAAGCCUUGAAAUCCCGUCUUCAGGAAACGGUCACCGCAAAUGCCCGUGAGGCAUUUCCUUUGGUCCGAGUUGAAAUUGGGAAGCGACUUAAAGACUGUCAAGAUAAGCUUCAAGUAUUGGGAGCAGAACGCGAGACUUCAGAACAGCAAACCAGAUAUUUAUUAGGUGUCAUGAGCUCAUUCCAGGAUAUCACACGACAGGCUUUGAGCACAAAUUACAGUUCAAACGAUCAAUUUGAUAUUGACCUAAAUCUACGACUUGCUACUAAAAUUGUUAACCGAAACGGCGAGUUCUCCAAUGAAAUGGACGAAUGGGGUCUCAAAUAUAGCUUUGCUCAGGAUGGCUAUGACGAUUCUAGUCGUUCCGACGCCGAGAUUGAUGAUGAGUCUGAAAGUGAGGACGAGAUCCCUAGAGUGCGGCAGUUGAACACCAGAAAGACCACCCCUAUCCCCGGACUUGAGGAUGUCCUGCACGGCUUGGAAGAAGGAGCCGUAUCCCCAUCUUGCGGCGGGAUAUAUUCCUGGAUCGAAAAUCAGUAUCGUCAGUCACGAGGGUUCGAAAUUGGGACUUUCAAUUUUACCCUCCUUUCGACGAUCAUGAAACAGCAGUCAGCCAAGUGGCCCAUUAUUACUCACGGGUAUAUUAACGACAUGAUCACUAUGACGCACGGCUUCAUUUUAAAAGCGUUGAAUUUGGCCUGUCCUAAUUUGAGGGUUCGACACAAUCUGAUGUCAUUUUUGCUGGACCGACUCUUGGACCGGUACAAGGAUGCCAUUAACAAAGUGAAUUAUCUUCUCUUAGUUGAAAGAUCAGGCACCCCGAUGACUCUUAAUCAUUAUCUCAACGACAAUUUGGAAAAAUGCCGACAAAAACGUUUCACGUCCGUAAUAGAGAAAAAGGCGUUGAGUGAUUGCACACAUGGAAAGGUCGUUCGAUUUGAUGAUAUGACUCAUCAACAUCAUAUGAGCAAUGAGAAACACACUGUGCAGGACAUCCAUGACAUUCUACAGUCCUAUUACAAAGUAGCCCGGAAGCGAUUCGUCGACAGCAUUUGCAUGCAAGCCGUGGACUAUCACCUUGUUACUGGCCCGAAAACUCCCAUGAGUUUAUUUUCUCCACACCUAGUGGGCAACUUUAGCAAAGAGCAGCUUGAGGAAAUUGCUGGCGAGGAAGGAGCACUGAAGCGUAAUCGGCGCCAACUUCGGAAAGAAAUUCAGGAUCUUCAGAAAGCCAAGAAGAUUCUAUUCUGA